GAUACUCUAGCAAGCUAGGGGCUGCCAAGUGAGCAGCUGAUCCGACUCAUUCAUUCAAUAUCAUUUCAGACAUCUAUAAAAACCAGUUUUAUUAAAAUCUAACCAGGAUGUCUUUGGGGAUUUUCUGAAACGGAAAUCCUCAUUUGUACUCAGGUGAGGUUGUUAAUUCACAAUGAACACUUUCUCUGACAGUGCUUGCGAACAACAAGCCGAAGAAGAUAGCGGAGUAAAUUGUCGCGACUCAAGCCCAAGCGAUAGCGAUUCGCCACUUUUAACCACAAACACUCGGGCUAACACUUCGCCUGACGAGCCGAAAGAUGCAGGUUCUGAUGUUAAAAACAAAACGAUGCUUAGUGGAAAUAGCGAAUCUAAUCCUGCCUCCAAACAUUUUAAUUUGAUGUUGCUGGGUUGUUCUGUUCUUGAUAAAAGAAUUACCCAACCACUGUUACCCUGGAUUGUUGCCGAAGUGAAACAUGUUGCGCAGGGUAAAGAGGAGGCCAUUUCGCUGGAGGUCUCCCAGCAUACCGUUAGAGGAAUUGUAAAUAGAACGGGCAAGACUGCAUUUUGCCAUCAUUUGCAAGGUAUCGGCAGAUUUUGUAGAGGAAUUGACAAGGAAUAUUUCAGUUACUUAUGGAGACGUGAAAGCGAUAAACCAUUCACAUGUUUUGUCUUUAAAGUGGAUAAUUUGGAAUUGGUUGGUACGAUUCACUCUGCAAUACGAGAGGCAGCAAAACAUGUUGAAGGGAAGUCAUACAGUCAGAAUGAGAGUCACCAGUUGAAAGAGAUGCCAUUUAUUGGUGACACAAUUCUGGAUAGUAGUAACAGUUACGAGGUUUUAUACUGUGGCAGGGUGGUUGUUUCACACAAGAAAGCACCGCCAUCGCUCAUUGACGAAGCUAUAGCCAAGUUCAAAGAGUUUGAAAUAUCCGAGGAUUACAGUGACAGACGGCGGCGACAUUUCUCAACAGGAGACCAAUCAAGGUCGCGUUCCAACAGCGUUGAAAGGAAGAAAUCCCAGUCUGUUGAUGAUUUAGAUUGUGUUGAUAAUAUGCUUUUGAGAAAUACGAGCUCUGAAUCGUUAGACUCAAAAACGGACAGCGAGUGCGAAUCUGACAUUGGAAUCCCACGAUGCAACAGUGAUGUGAGCAACAGUUCUAGUACGUAUAUGUCCGUACAUCGAGGAAGCGUUCCGACCUUUGACAGACAAUUGAGCAUUGCCACGUUACUGAUGCGAAAACAUAACCCGCAGAAUCGCACAAUGUUGUUCCAGAUCGGCAAAGAGACAUUAACGCUAAUCAGCCCGGGAAAAAAGACAGCAGUGAUGGCUAAAAGGUUUUGCGACAUCUCAUUUUGUUCCCAGGGAAUAAAACACCCGGCAUAUUUUGGGUUUAUCUGUCGGGAAAAAGGAAGUUACAUGUGCUACGUUUUCAAGUGCCAGUCGGAGCCAGUAGUUGGUGAAAUCUUGGUUACCUUGAAGCAGAGUUUCCAGGCAGCCAUGAAUAAUAUCAAGACGCACAUUGUUUGUGAAAGUUGUCCGAUGCACAAGCUCCACAAGUUGUCUCAGGAGCUAGAUGGUUUAAUACCAGAUGAAGUGCACUCUAGGCUGAUGAAGAAACUAGAGAAAAUAAGUGAUGUAAAUAACAUUCCGAUCCUCCAGAAAUUGAAGGAUGCAAAUCUAAAGACUAAACAGGAGGAAAAUGAACGGAUGAUGAGUAUGUUGUUAGGAGUUUGUAGACAAGAGCAGAAAAUACACAUUCACAUUAGCCACACUCAAGAAAAAGUACUGCAGGAAUCACCUAAAUCAAGUAGAAUGGAGGCCAAGCCAACAGCACAAACAUCAAAACUAGAGAACCUUAAGAACAGGGCUAAGCGAUCAUUACUUGAUAGUUUCCUGUCAAAGGGACGGAGUCGGAGUAACACGGAGAAGGCAGCAUCAAAGAGUGCAGACGAGUCUGGUCUGGUCAACCCUCAUUAUAAACCUCAUAGCAACUCUUUUAGCACUUUUAGCAAUCAGUCUUCAAGUGAGUCACCCAAAUCACCCACAAAAGCCAUUCAAAGUUACUCACCUAAUAAGACAGAAAGUAGAACACCGAAGAAAAGCCCAUCUAUGGAAAACAAGAACAAUAGAAAAAAGCUAGACCUACGUGACGUUUCUGUCACGCCAAUGCGCCCUCGAAGUAAAACACUUGGUGACUCACCGACGACACCGCCAUUGUCAAGAAGACAGACCCCACCGGCUAGGAAGGAAUUUACCUCACCAAGACCAGUGAUUCACAGGUACGGUGGAACGCCUGUGCCUUUGAGCAGGGGUAAAAACAGCAAAGGCAACCAGGGGACUAUGAGCUUUGAUGACAGAAGGAGUACGCAUAUGACGUCAUCACCUUACUCCUCCAUGACUCCAAGGCGUCAGACCUCAUGGAGACAAGCCAUCUUCAACAGGGUUGUAACGCCGGCCAAGGCAGUACCCGAGAUAAGCGAAGAAGAUGAAGAGUUAGUAUUUGAUGAUAAUAGCUCUCAGGGAGAUAACACUGAUUGUAUUAAGAAACAUGAUUCUCGAUUCAAAACCAAAGCAAUGAUUCGUGCCCUCUGGAGGAAGGUUAUAAUGGAACAGAUUAUCCUGAUAAGAAUGGAAAGAGAAAACCGACGAAUUGAAGAGCCUUCGCCAGAUACUGAGCAUCUUGAUAGACUUUCACAGGACAUGGCAACUUUAAAACGUCAAAAGCUGGAUUAUGAAGAAAUCACACCAUGUCUGAAGGAAGUGACCAAGAAAUGGGAGAAAAUUCUAUCAAAACCAGACAGGAGUCGUGUCAGAUUCGACCCAUAUUUUAUUGCAGAUGCUGUAAGGGAAGGUGUACCACGUCAGAAGCGAGGAGAGAUCUGGCUUUUCCUCGCCGAACAGUAUUUAAUAUCGCACACAACGACGGAAACAGAUGACCUACCAAAGUACCACAACUUGCUGAGUCAACUCACCACCCAUCAACAUGCAAUACUCAUUGAUUUAGGGCGCACAUAUCCUACUCAUCCGUACUUCUCAAAUCCUUUGGGACGUGGUCAGCUUUCCCUGUUCAACCUCCUGAAGGCAUACUCGUUAUUAGACAGCGAAGUUGGCUACUGCCAAGGACUUAGUUUUGUAGCAGGUCUCUUACUUAUGCAUAUUGAAGAGGAGGAGGCCUUCCAGAUGAUGCAAUAUUUGAUGUUUCACCUUUCUUUCAGACGACAAUACAAGCCAGAUAUGGUUGCACUCCAGAUUCAAAUGUACCAGUUGUCACGUCUUCUUCAUGACCAUCACCGGCGCUUACAUGACCACCUGGAGGCCAACGACAUUGGACCGUCCCUGUAUGCUGCAGCGUGGUUCCUUACGAUAUUCACUUCGCAGUUUCCACUAGGAUUCGUCGCAAGAGUGUUUGAUUUGAUCUUCCUCCAAGGUUUUGAUGUAAUCUUCAAAGUAGCAUUGAUUAUUCUGGGAAGUCACGAGGAGUUGAUCCUCCAGUGUGACGGCUUUGAGGCGAUCAUCGAAUUCCUCAAGGAUACCCUUCCAUCUCUCGGCAUUGUGCAAAUGGAAAAAGUCAUCAACAAGACUUUCGAAUUAGAUAUAUCAAAGGAGUUACACGCUUACGAAGUGGAGUACCACGUAAUUCAGGAGGAGAUGGUGAACACACCGCAAUCCGGCGAUCAGUUGGCUUCAUUAGAGGCAGCUAAUCUUAAACUGAAAAGACAGAACAUGGAGUUGAUUGAGCAACUGCAGUCUGCGAGAAAUGCUCGACACAGCCAGGAGGCCACUGUCCAACAUUUACAGGCUUCAGAAACAAAGCUCCGGUCUGAGAAGAGAACACUGGAGUUGGAAAGAGAGGCUUUGCUUAGCACAAUCCAGAAACUUCAGAGUUUAAUCCCAGAACAUUUGCUGCAGGAUUCCGGCAUCAACUUCACAUUCCCGACGAAGAGUACGACAAAUAAAAUGGCAAGCAAAAGCAAGGAUAAGACAAUAAAUUCAAUUGAUGAACUUGAAAUGAAUAUCACUCCGAUUAAGAGGACGGUUCCUCGUCCAAGGAUGUCCAGUAGUGGCAGCUCUGGAAGUGAACUCAGCUCCAGUACAUACAGUGAAGACUCUUUAGCAGUGAAUGGAUCCCAGGAACAUUGAGAACUCGCACAGAGAUUAUGGCAGUAUUCCAACUUGAAUAGAUAUUUUAGUAUUACUUUUUCUCUUGCCACAAAAUGUUGAGGUGAUUCCAUGCUACAUGAUGGUGCCACAUUACAUGGUGUGGCCAUGCUACAAAGUGGUGCAAUGCAACUACAGAAUGAGUAGUAGUAUGAUUAAUCAUGCCAGAUAGGAUCCUACACAUUAGUACUUUGAGCAUCCUAAUCCUUAUGCAAUCAACCCUUUGCUAGUGAUUCAAUGUCAGAUGGUGGCAUGCUACAUAGGAGCUGUCAAAUCAACCACUGAAAGUGAUGCAACUUGCUAGAUAGCACAAAGCCUAAUUGUCAUAUGACAACAAUUUAUUAUAAAUUAAUUAUUCAUUUUGUGGGCAGAUCUGAAUUUCUCAAUGCUAUAUAUGAAAAAAGGUAUUUAACAAUUUGAACCAAUACUAGGGUCAUUGUAAUACAUUGCAUUGGUGAAGGUAAUUACCCAAUGUGGCAGGCUGGUAGUGUGGUACAUAGCAGUCUGGUUAGCCAUGCUACCAUCGGUGGUGACCAUGCUACAAAUUAGUUGUGUAACAAUCCCAGGUAUGGUCAUGUUACAAAUAAGUCACUGUAACCAUCCUAUGUUGGGGAUCAUACUACAAUUUUUUCUGUGUAACUAUUCCAGGUGAUGGCCAUGCUACAAAUUAGUAUGUGUAACCAUCCCAGGUGGUGACCAUGCUACGGCAUAGUCAGUGAAGACCUAAAAUGUCCCCCUGGGUUAGUUACAAAGUAGCGUGUUAACUAUCAUUUGUCUUGCUACAAAAUGGUAGUCUCUGUUACUAUCCAAUGUGGCAAAGAAAUUGUUGUUAGUAUCACAAUUUGAUAUAAAUACAAGUGUGCUUUAAAUGCAAGUUAAGUAAUAAGAAUUUAAUUCUGAUAAAAGGGAUCAUGAACUAUAAUACAUUCUCAAUAUAAAAAGUGGACCAAAGUAGAUUGGAAAAAUAUUCUUAAAAUGUAAUAUUAAAAAAUGACAGCUGAGUAAUAAAUGAAUAAAAACAGGAUAAGUUAAAAAUGUAGCUUCCAGUUUAGAUUAAUGCCUUGAGUAGUGAGUGAUUGCAAGUGCUGAGGCACCUCCAUAUUUCAAGAAGCCAGUUUGUAAAAAUGAAAAUGUACAGUAUAUAUGUGAGAUAUGAACGUACGCACACAAAUCAUAAUACUGUAUACACAAAGAAACACCGCGGCCGUUCUAAGGCAAAACAACGUACAGUAUCUGCACAAAAAUAUAGUAGCAGUUACGUUUUGCCAUGAGACAGCCAACUGUAUGAACUAGAUGUGUUGAAUCACUCUAUGUUAUCUGUAGGGGUCCCAAUUACGAAUGAUUUGUGGGUAGAGGGUUAUUUUCCGGGAGAUCCUUGCUUGCUUGUGAAAGUCCAAUUUUCCAGAAGACUACAGUGACUUGUAGGAGACUUGGAUCCCUGCAUCUGAGAUACAAUAUAUGGAUUUUAUGUAAGUGGAUAAAUACAUUGUAUAAAGGUCAGUAUACAUGGAUACAGUAUAUGGAUUUUAAAUACAGUAUAUUUAUUCAUUCAUUCAUUCAGUACUUUAUUUCAGAACAAAUUCCCAUAAAACAAAAAAAUAAACACAGUAUAUACAGUACACUGAACGAAAGUAUGCAGUGUACACUGUAUUUAUAGAUAUAGUAUAUGGAUUGUAUAUGCAGUAUAGAAAAAAUAUUGUACUGCUCUAUAUACAUUAUACAGUACACAGUAUUUAAAGGUACAGUAUAUGGAUUCAACAUGCAGAUUGUGGAUACACAGUAUUUAAUACUCAUUCUGUGGAUCUAAUGAAUUCAUCAAUACAGUGCGGAUUGAAUAUACAGUAUAUGGAUUUAAUAUACAGUAUAUAUAUUUAAUAUACAGUAUAUAUAUUUAAUAUACAGUAUAUGGAUUUAAUAUACACUAUAUGGAUUUACAGUAAUAUACAGUAUAUGGAUUUAAUAUACGGUAUAUGGAUUCUAUAUACAGUUUAUGCAAGAUACAGUAUUGAAGAUACAGUAUCCAGAUAAAUUUUGUAAGUGGCAAAUUUGUUGAAAAAAAAAGAAAUAAUGGAAUAAUUAAAGAUUUGAAAAUAUGUAUUUUGGCUGACAUAGGAUGAUUAGAGGAUGGAAGCUGAAAGCAAAUAUUUUAGGUAAAUUAUACAAUUUCAGUAAAUUAUAUUAGAUAUAAGAAUGAAAGCUAUAAUAAUAAAGGUUAACAAUCUAAAAUUUAUAAACAAAAAAAGGAGACAUUUUUAUUUUUUAGAAUAAGCGUAAUGUUCUGAACGUCUACUGAAAAUCCAAUGUGUGAGUGAAAAUAUAUAUGCGACAUUUUCCUUGAUAUGCAUGCUGUAUGCAUUUACGUGUAUAGUAUACCUUUAUGUAUGUGCUAUGAGAAGAAUGCAAUGUAUAUUUUAACCACUGUUAUUAGUAUGUAGAAGAAGAUAUGACCUUUCUGCUUAGAACCAAUGUAUAGCAAGGUAAAAUGAACAUAAUGUUGAUUUAUUAAUUUAUUUGAUUAGAUUUCAGGUGCUAAAUCUAAUAGAAAGCAAUACUACAAUGUAAUAUCUUAAUUUGAGCAAAACAGUUUAUCUUGUGAAGGUAACAUUUUCUGUACUAGAGAAAUUCAUGUUUAUAUACCUGUAAUGUGUAUAAGCAUAGUAAUAUUUUGAGGUGAAGUAUAUGGAUUUCAUAUACAGUACAAUAUAAUUAUUCUGUCAGGUGAUGCAGUACUAUAUGCAUGAAAGAUAUAGUGCAGUAUAUGGAUUCAGUAUACAUUUUAUGAAUUCUAUAUAUGGUAUAUGGAUGUAAGAUACAGUGUAUGGAAUCAAUGAACUGUACAAUAUAUGAAUUUAAGAUUAAAUUUAUUCAUGACAGUAGUGAUUGAAGAUGGACUAUCAUGAUUCAGAAUACAGUACCAAAUAGUAUAAAGAUACAGUAUGUAAAUUCAAGAUAUAGUAUAUGAAUUCAAGAUACAGUAAAAAUAUGUCAUUUAAAGAUACAGUAUAUUGUCUCAUGAUACAGUAUAUGGAUUCAACAUACAUUAUAUGGAUUUAAGAUACAGUCAAGAUACAAUAUUUAUGGAUUUAAAGUGUAAAAGUAACAUUUCAAGUUAUGAAUCCAUGGUGAUGACAUUUUUUAGGAUGUCUGUUAACUGUAACCCAAGUAAAGCAGAAAUUACCCUGACAGUUACAAUCAGCAGCUAAAUUUAAAUUAUUUUUAGAGUAAAAAAUAAUUCAUGUUCUUGAUUGUGAUUGGUUCCCAAGAUUUCAUAGAACACCAUUGUUUAGUACUGUAUGAUCAGGUAUUAGAAUUUGAUGAAUUAUCUACAUAUUAUUUCAACUUAAUUUAUAUCAAUACCAUUCCAUAUAGAACAAACAUCUAUUAUGUUUAAUUUGAUUUCCUUGAAGGAAACCACUUUUCAAUCAUGCUCAAAAUAUCCAGAUAUUUGUACAAAGUAUUAGCAAUGUUCAAUUGUGUUAAUAAAAUACUGUAUACAGCAUUGUAAUUGUACGGAGGACAUUAUUUGCCAGUUUUAUGUAGACAGGUUUAUUUAGGUUAUCGUACAAUAGAUGUAUUAACUAACGUCAAUGUUACUUAAAUUCAUCAUUGUUUCAAGACAAAUACUGUAUCACGUUUAGAAAAUACAAAAAAAUGGUAAAUAUGAAUUGUUCAGUUAAUACAAUAUGUUUGAGAAGGGGGUAUGUGAGUGAGGGGUAAAGACUGUGUGAGGAAAAUGACUGUAUGAGGAAAGGGAGAGACUGUGACAGCAGUAAAGAAUGAGAGGGGUAAAGGCUGUGUAUAGGAAGGGUAUGCUGUAUUCAGAAACAGUGUUUAAGGAGGCGAAAGAAAGAUCUUGAGAGAAGCAACCAAAUUUACAAAUACUGUAAUUUACCAAUACCGAAUUUACCAAUAAUUGUCUACCAAUAAAUACAUAGUUUACUCUAAAACAGAUUUUGAAAGAAUGCACAAAGUUUCCACAGUUACUAGAAUAGUAUAUUGCUGUAUUACACUACAGUGGCUGUUUUUCAUCUAUACUGGUUCUAUACUCCUCCUAUUAUGCACCACUUAGCUUUGCUUUUCAAUUAUUUACACAAAUAUACUGCACUUUAUUUUUAAUUACAUUCAGUUUAAAGCCAUAUGUUGUUUUAUAUAUAACUACCCUGAAAAACCCCUCCUAUGCACUUGUAACUCUUUCAUAGACUAUUUGUUGAUCUUGUGUUUAAAGUGUCAGCCUGUAAUAAUUUAGGGCUCAAAUCUUGUGAUUUAACAUUUUAUUGCAAUACAUUAAAGUGUGUUGUACUAUUUUUCCAGUAAAAACAGAGUGCAGUACUCUAGAGAUGGAUAUUACAUAUGUGUUGAUUAAAGGUCAAAAUGUGAUAGCAA